AUGAACAUGAGUACUAUGACCUUAGUCAAAAUCGCAGCCAUCGGAGGUGUAGCUACAGUAACAAUGGGCAUUCUAGCCAAAAGUAAGGUCUCUCAAAACGUAACGCAAACGGAAUUCUACAAAGACGCUUUAAAAACGGUUAGAACUCACAAAGGAGUUGUUCAUUUAUUAGGAGAACCCAUUAAGGAUUUGAACAUUGAUGUAGAUGACACAAAAAAGAAUUAUUGUACUGGAAACAGUGCUAAAUUUGAAGUUCCAGUGAAAGGCUCUAAACAGAAGGGAAGAGUUUAUUUUUGGGCAGAUAAAAAUGAAAAAGAGAAUAAGUGGAUAGUGAAACGAAUAGAACUUGAGUUGAACGACGAUAAAUCAAAACGACUAUUAGUGAAAUCAGUGUGA